AUGCUCGUGUAUCCUGAACUGUGCCUUUAACAUGGAUAUAUACAUUGUUCUUUAUCAUUAUUGAAAAGACCAAUAGGUGGUGUGUAACUAAUCAAAAUACAUUCAAUUAUUCAAAGUACAUUAGUACAAAGGGAAUUGUGCCAUGUUGGAUGAAUUUCAAAUUGUAGAGAAGAAAAUCAUAUGUCAAAUCCAACCAACAUUGCAACAAUGAUUGUGCACAAAUAAUUGUAAUUGAUUUAUUUAACCUCUUUGUAGAUACCAGUUCAAAGGUUUGAUGAUCAACCUCUUCAAGAGGCAAUACUGCCAACUGGUUAUAACUAUCAUGUUGAGGAUCAUAAUCCACAUGCAGUCCUUAAAAAUGUUUUUGGAUUUCUUCAUUUCAGACCAGGUCAGGAAGAAGCAAUAUCUGCUGUGUUAAACAAGAAGGAUGCUAUUGUUGUGAUUCCAACGGAUGGUGGAAAAACAAUCGUUUAUAGCAUUCCAACAUUGUUAAUUCCUGGAAUAACAGUUGUAGUGUCUCCUCUGUUGAUGUUAAUGCAUGACCAACUUCUUAAAUUAAGAGAGAAAGGCAUCAACACCUGCUAUGUAAAUUCUAUGCUAACUAGCAAACACUGUAAGUCAGUCAUUGCUAAUUUGUCCAGACCUGACAGUGAAUACAAAGUUUUACUUGUAAGUCCCGAGGUAUUACUGAGUCCAUCUUUGGAUUCUCUAAUGAAGAAGUUGAAAGUUGAAGGACGACUUAAUUUUUUUGCAAUUGACAAAGCUCACUGUAUUGACACAUGGGGAGUGGACAUACGCCCUGACUAUCAAGAGCUUGGAAAACUUAAAAAAUAUGGGGUUCCUAUUGUGGCAUUAACUGGAACUGCUACAACUGUAACCAUUGAGCAAAUAACAGGGACUCUACGACUAUCUGACCCGAAACAUGUAAAAUUGCCAUUUACCAGAGAGAAUUUGGUGUUUGAAGUUUAUGAAAAAAAACCUGGUCCAUCAGCUGCUAUGAAGCAAGUUGCUGACUUGAUUACUUCACGUUUCAGUGGUCAGUGUGGGAUUGUAUAUUGCAGCCAUCGUGAAGAAACAGCAAGAUUGGCACUUGAGUUGAAGAAUAACAAUAUAUCCACAAUUUAUUUUCAUGGGGGUAUUAUGGAUCCUGAAGUGAAUUUAAGGCAUGCAAGUUUGUGGCUUGAUGGGAAAGUUGAUGUUAUUUGUGCAAAUAACUCUUUUGGGAUGGGUAUAGAUAAACAGGAUGUACGAUUUGUUAUCCAUUUAUCACAUCCAUCCAGCUAUGAAGCAUAUGUGCAAGAAUCUGGACGAGCAGGACGAGAUGGUUCUGAUGCCCGUUGUAUUGUUCUGCACAGGUUUGAGGAUCGAAAGUUCCAUUUAAGUAACAUUUCCAAAACUGUGUCUGCAGAGGCUAGAGCUAAACGUCUGUCAUCAUUAAAUGAUUUUUCCAGUUAUUUAUUAGAGAGGCACCACUGCUACCAAAAAUUGAUUGCAGAUUACUUCGACAGCACCCUAGAAGAGCCAUGUGGGAAAUGUGGAAACUGUCAAAAUCCAGCUGUACCCAUUACAAGGGAUAAUACAGUCCAUGGUAAGCAACUCGUUGCUUGUUUGCAGCACAUGCAGAUAAUUAAUGAUAAAGUGAGUGUAGAUGAAUUGGCAUGA